GGCAGUACUCUCCAGGCCAGUGUGUAUGGCUUGGAGGCGUUCAGUGUGUACAGUGUGCGUGUGGAGGCAGUGAACGGGGCAGGCAGUGUAUCCAGUCCCUGGGUCAGCAUUAGGACCCUGGAGGCAUCGCCUGCUGGCCUGGCUAACUUCAGUCUGGAGCAGAGAGAGCAGGGCCGGGCCCUUCUGUUAACCUGGGACACGCCUCAUACACCCAACGGGGUUAUCACGGUACACACACACACACACAGACAGACACACACACACACAGACACACACACACAGACAGACACACACACACAGACACACACACACAGACAGACACACACACACAGACACACACACACAGACAGACACACACACAGACAGACACACACACACAGACAAAUAUCAAAGGGGUCAUCACAGUACACACACACACACACCACACACACACACACACACACACACACACACACACACACACACACACACACAGACAUACACACACAGACAAAUAUCAAAGGGGUCAUCACAGUACACACACUCACACACUCUGAACUCCCCAUCUCUUUUUCUCGCUCUCUCUCUCUCCUCCAGAGUUAUAACAUCUACAGUGAGGGGAACCUGGAGUUCAGUGGUCUGUCUCGCCAGUUCCUGUUCCGUCGAUUAGAACCCUUCUCCCUCUACUCUCUGGUUCUAGAGGCCUGUACCUCCGCAGGCUGUACCCGUACCCCCCCUCAGUCUGUUACCACGGCAGCAGCCCCCCCGGGCGCUCAGCCCGCCCCCAUACCCAGCGCUAUUGGCCCACACAGCGUAGAACUCACCUGGAGCCUGCCCACUUAUCCCAACGGACCAAUAAGAGAGUACUUCCUGCUGGGGCGUUGUCUGGAUGAGGGGAGAAGGGGGAACAACGAGGAAACAACUGCCAAGGUGUGUAUCCUCAUUAUCUUUGCUGCUCUUUGGUAAUACUUCUACCUUAAACAGAAAAAGACAGUGUACUACAUAUAAGAAAAAGGGAUUUAAUAUAAUACAAUAAUAUAUGCCAUUUAGCAGACGCUUUUAUCCAAAGCGACUUACAGUCAUGUGUACAUACAUUUUACGUAUGGGUGGCCCCGAGAAUUGACAGUAAAUGUUUCACAGCAGCAGAUAGGACUGUAUCACUGAUAUUUUGUGAGUCGACUUUUGAACGUUCUAAUGACUAGUCAACAGUAGGGCUGGGAUGAUACCAGUAUCACAAUACUCUUUAGUAACGUGGCAAGGAAAAAAACACAAAGCAGAUUUAACUUCUUAAUGAGAACAGGCCUAAUGUUGGAAACAAACAUCAUUAUGUUGUCAUCCAGAGUCACAUUAAUUUAUUUUCCAAGCUAUAGCACACAAUAUUUUACACACAGCAGGUUUCUAAUGGACCAAAGAGUUUGGUCUGCUUCGUGUUUUCAUUUUUGCCAUGGAAAUAUUGCGAUACUGGUAUAGUCCCGGUCCUACUCAUCAGUGUUCAUUUGAUCCUUUGUCACAAUCUUAACCUGUCUAUUUCAGUUAUAUGAUCAUCAUUAGCUGUUGAUAUAUUGCAUGAAUACAUUGUGGAUAUUUUUCUGUCAGGUACUGUUCCGUGAGAGUUCCACCCAGGCUUCUAGUUUCUCCCACACUGUGACGGGGCUGCGGCCCUGGACCCAAUAUCAGUUCAGUGUCCGCGUCCACAACCCCGCCGGACACGCAGACAGCCCCUGGGUUACCGUGACAACAAGACAGGCCCCCCCACAUGGCCUAACACCCCCCUCUGUUGUCCACAUGAAGGGGAACCCCUAUGAGCUCCUGGUGUCAUGGACCCCCCCACUGGAGAGUAACGGGGUGCUUCUCUCUUAUAGGAUCCAGAGAGACAACGUCAGUUUCUCUUUUAGUUUUGACCCCAGUGUUUUCAACUACACAGACGAGGACCUGUCUGCCUUCACCUCCUAUAGAUAUGCUAUUACAGCCUGUACUGCUGAGGGCUGUGUUACUAGUCCUGAAACACACGUAAAGACACUGGAGGCUCCUCCCGCUGCAGUGGACUUUCCCACCAUAACCAGCAUCACAGCUGAUAGUAUCAACGUGUCCUGGACCGUUCCAUUAAUACAGAACGGGGAGGUGACGCAGUACACGCUGGAGGCCAACGGAAAGGAGGUUUACCGUGGGAGGGGCUUGUCUGUGGUGAUGUCAGAGCUGCGGCCGCAUACACUCUACCGCCUCGUCCUAUUGGCUUGUACCAACGGGGGGUGUACCCCCAGCACCCCUAUCAAGGCUCAAACCCUUGAGGCCCCUCCUCGUGGUCUAAAUCCCCCCUCCCUCAAAGUCACCGGCCCAGAGUCUCUCGAAAUCACAUGGGGCGCACCGAAACACCCCAACGGUGUCGUCACCGGUUACGAGCUCCACCGGGACGGCCAGGUCAUCUACGUCGGCAGGGAAACGCGUUACCAUGACUUCACGCUGUUGCCGAGCGUGGAGUAUGGCUACAGCGUAACGGCUAACAACAGUCGGGGAGCAGUGACCAGCUCUGUGGCCAAGGCCAGGACUCACCCGUCCGCUCCCUCUGGUGUUGGGCCUCCCACACUGCAGCCUCUGGGGCCACGGCAGGUCAGUAAGAGGAGUGGGAGUUGUACAAAACACGUCUGUUUAAAUAGUUUGAGAAUACAUGUAAAUACGCUAAUCUUUAUUUCUGCACAUUUCAAAGUGACAAAUAUUUCCGAAAGACCUCCAUUCCUAAUACAUGUUCAUGUGUCUGAGGUCCUACUAUAGUUUCAAUUCUGCCACUUCUACUCACAUUGUUAAUACUAUUGUCAAUGGUAUAUGAGAUGUGUAAUGUUGUGAAGGUGAGGGUGGACUGGGAGCCCCCAGCGAGACCUAAUGGGGUGAUCGUCAGCUACACGGUAUACCAGAGAGACCCGACCCUGCCCUCAACAUACAGCUUCCUGUAUGACCCAGAACACAGCGCCUUCUCCAGACGCUCCAUCAUACUGAAGGAGCUCACAUCCUACCACAGGUCAGUCACUAACUAACCCCUUACCUCUAACCUCUAGCCACAGGUACAGAGAGUGUGUGUGUGUGUGGGGGGGGGGGGGAACCCUUUAUUUUUAGGAACCCUUUAUUGACACUAUUUAGCGACUGUACAGACAAAGCAAAAUCAAGAGAAAGAGAGAGAUACAGAGAGAGAGAGAAGUGAAUGAGUAAAUGAAGGAGAGCGAUAAAUAUAAAGAAAGUUAUGGAGAAAAGAGGGAAGGAGAGAGAGAAAUAGAGUGAUAGAGACAGACAAUAGAGAGGGACCCAAAUAAGUCAAAGGGACAGCAUCCAGAGAGAGAUGGAUAGAGAUGGAGGGAGGGAGGGAGGGAGGGAGGGAACUAGGGGACGGAGAGAGAUAGAGAGAGGGAGAUAUUGAGAGAGAGGGAGAGAUUGAGAGAGAUGGAGAGAGGGAGGGAGCUAGGGAGGGAGAGAGGGAGAGAGAUGGAGAGAAUCAACCUUGAGGCAGUGGUCAUGUCUCCAUGAUCCUGUAUGUACGUGUGGGGUGGUGUGUUUCUGGGUGUGUGCAUGUGGGGUGGUGUAUUCCUGUGUGUGGGUGUGAGGGUGUGUGUGUUCAUGCGUGUGGGUGGGGUGGUGUGUUCCUGUGUGUGGGUGGGGUGGGGUGUUCCUGUGUGUGGGUGGGGUGGUGUGUUCCUGUGUGUGGGUGGGGUGGUGUGUUCCUGUGUGUGGGUGGGGUGGUGUGUUCCUGUGUGUGGGUGGGGUGGUGUGUUCCUGUGUGUGGGUGGGGUGUUGUGUUCCUGUGUGUGGGUGGGGUGUUGUGUUCCUGUGUGUGGGUGGGGUGUUGUGUUCCUGUGUGUGCGGGUGGGGUGGUGUUUUCCUGUGUGUGUGGGUGGGAUGGUGUAUUCCUGUGUGUGCGGGUGGUGUGUUCCUGUGUGUGUGUGUUCCUGUGUGUGUGUGUGUGAGGGUGUGUGUGUAAGGUGAAAUACUGAUAAGACCCAGAUAAUAAAAGCUCAUCAUCUUUAUCAUCUACAAAUCCCCACCACUCCUCCUCCCAGAUGACCUUCUCUCUAUUCUACUCCUCCUCCCAGAUGACCUUCUCUCUAUUCUACUCCUCCUCCCAGAUGACCUCUCUAUUCUACUCCUCCUCCCAGAUGACCUUCUCUCUAUUCUACUCCUCCUCCCAGAUGACCUUCUCUCUAUUCUACUCCUCCUCCCAGAUGACCUUCUCUCUAUUCUACUCCUCCUCCCAGAUGACCUUCUCUCUAUUCUACUCCUCCCAGAUGACCUCUCUAUUCUACUCCUCCUCCCAGAUGACCUUCUCUCUAUUCUACUCCUCCUCCCAGAUGACCUUCUCUCUAUUCUACUCCUCCUCCCAGAUGACCUUCUCUCUAUUCUACUCCUCUCUCUCUGUUGCAUUUCUAUCUCGCCCUCCCUCUCUUUCUCUCAAUUUUUUCUUUCCCCCUUUCUCUCUCUCUCUUCUAAAGCAUUGCACGGAAAAGACAGAAUGACAUUUAGGUAGAAAUAUGUGUAAUAUUGAAUGUGUAAUAUUGUAAUAAUGACAACAUUGAGAUAUAAUACAUACUGUAUAUGAUACUAAGUGUAUGUUGACAGACCUGUGUCUAUAGCUGUGUGUAUAUCUGUGUGUCUCUGUGUGUCUAUCAGGUACGAGGUGAGAGUGGAGGCGUGUACAGAGCUGGGCUGUGCCUCCAGUGACUGGGUCUCAGUGCUGACACUAGAGUCUCCUCCUACUGGCCAGACCAUACCACUGCUGGAGCUACAGAGAGAUGCCAGGGGCCUACAGACCGUCUUUCUGCUCUCUUGGUCCCCCCCAGCCCAGCCCAAUGGUAGAGUCCUACACUAUGAGGUCUAUAGGAGAGUGGGUCAGAACACUGAGGUUAGCGGGGGUGCAGCAGCGCUGGUGUGUAGGAAUGCUUCCUCAAUGUGCCGUGAUGCCGGUCUCCUGCCCUACACUGACUACCAGUACCAGGUAGGUACACAGUCUGGCUAACACAGUCUGGCUAACACAGGGGUGGGGAACCACAGUCUGCAUUGUGUGCAUGUUUUUGUUCCAGCCCACCACUAACACACACUAACACACGCUAACACACACUAACACACCCCUCCCCCUUCCCUAACCCCACUCAGCCCCACUCAGAUUGAUGUUGUAAUGCUAGUCCAUAUUAAUGUGGUGGUUUGCGUGUUGUCGCUAAUUGACAGGCUACCCUUUAGAGCACAAUAACAUUAGCAUCCUGCCUGUCAGCCACGCUAGCCGAGGGCAGAGCCACGCUCUAAUUGAUUGAGUUUGCCUGAUUGUUCCGUCUUAUUUACCAGCCGUAAUUUAUGACAGGGGGAGUUGGGGCUGAGAGAUGACAGGUGGGUGACAGAGCCAUUAAUCAUUGGCAGACAAGAGCACCCGUCAUUACCAUCGAGCCAAUCGAAUUAGUCGCUUACCUCACCCUCCCGGAUACGGACAUGUAUCGGAAAGACCUUUUAAAUGUCGGGUGUAGGGCCCCAAGGGAGUUUGGGGGGGGGACCCUGUAUACAUGAGGAGAUACGCUAACCGGAAGUGAGAGAGAUUGGGGGUGCUUCUAAAGUUUAUGUUGUGUGUUUGACUACUAGCCUAUAUGAAGUGUUUAUGUACAAACACUGUUUGUGGGUUAUCCCCAUUCAUCACAUGAGAGAGGAGACAGAGUAGGAGGGGUAAUUUCUCCCCAGCAACACAAGGAAGGACAGAGUCCCACCACAGUACAGAGGGAGAUCAAAUUAGCUUAAUUAGCCCAGGUCGUCAUGUUUUAUUGGCAGGUUUAUGCCAGCCUUUAAUUAACGCCCACUUUCACCCAAUUUACCCUCCGACCCUUGUCUCCACGAUGAUGACACCGCUAGGACAGCCAAUCCGAGAGCUCGGACCGUGGCGGCGCGGCUCAGCUGACCAAUCAGAGGGCGCAGAGCGAGUCCACGCAGCUUGGGUAGAUUUUUGUUGCCAUGGCCACUCAAAUGGCUUAAAAAACAACAACAUUAUAACCUGGACUAGAUAUCUUAGUAUGCACACUGUGUGGAGGCCGUAAAAUGUCUGUAACUCAUACAAGGACACACAGAUAUAGCUCUAAAUGCUAGACAUCUCCUUUCUGUAUCUAGGGAGAAAUGGCCUUACGAAGGGAGAAAUGGCCUAACGAAGGGAGAAAUGGCCUAAUGAAGACACACAGUGGCAGAGAAGUUGCUACAUUUAAACUCUGGUAGCAUGAUAUUGUAUCUAAGGUUGGAAAAUGUUGGUAAAUUUCAAAAAAUUCCCAGGUUUUCCAGAAAUCCCGGUUGGAAUAUUCCUUAGAAAGGAAUAAGUAGGAAAUCCUGGAUUUCUGGAAAACCUGGGAAUUUUGGGAAAGUUACCAACAUUUUGCAACCCUAAUGAUAUCUAAACAGUGUGAAAACACACUACACCAGUGAAAGCUGUUACACUACCGGUAGCCUUGUCGAGAACCAGGCUUCAGAGGUAUGGCAACACCAGAAUACACUACCGGUAACCUCGUCGAGAACCAGGCUUCAGAGGAAUGGCAACGCCAGACUACACUACCGGUAGCCUCGUCGAGAACCAGGCUUCAGAGGAAUGGCAACGCCAGACUAUACUACCGGUAGCCUCUGUUUCUUGACGUCUUCGGAGUAAUGCCAACGACAGACUACAUUCCCGAUAGCCUCGUCAAGAAACAGGCUUCGGAGGUAUGGCAACACCAGACUACACUACCUGUACCUAAAGAAAGUGGCCACAACACAUUGUGUCAAGUUUUGUAUGUUAAGUUGUCGCAGAAACUUCAUCCCCAAGUCACACACACACACACACACCAAUCCCCACCACCACCCUCUUGACCUUUUCUCCAUCUAGGUGACAGGAUGACCUCUCUCCUCUCUCCCCCCUUGGAUUCUGACACUCAGGAACAGUGUGUGUGGGAUUCUGAAUGCGUGUGCUCCUCUCCUCUCUGUCCGACUGCAUCUCGUCUCAGAUCUAUCAUCCUGAUUGAUCACAGGGUAAUUGGCUGUUAUUGAGGCUAAUUUAACCCUCUCCGCCGCCGCAUCCAUCUGCCACCUCCACUGCUCCUGACAAUCUACAAAUGACUUACCCAUGCAAAUAUCCACCUGCCUGACCCUGAGCUGUGUUCCCCUGUAAUUACACUAACACUGCCUGGGAAACAAGAUGAGCCUGGUGUAGAGAGAGAGAGAGAGCGAGAGCGAGAGCGAGAGAGCGAGAGAGAGAGCGAGAGAGAGAGAGAGAGAGAGCGAGAGAGAGAGAGAGAGAGAGAGAGAGAGAGAGAGAGAGAGAGAGAGAGAGAGAGAGAGAGAGAGAGAGAGAGAGAGAGAGGGUUCUAGGUCCUAAGAGCAGGAGGAGGCAGCAAACUGGUGAAGGGCGAUGCUUGUUCAAGGGAGAGAAGCACUUCUGCACUUUUUUAUUUCGCUCUCUUUCUCCUCUUUCCUACGUUCGUUACCUCCUACUCUCACUCUCUCUCUCUCUCUUUAUAACUGUAUUUGUCGGCCCGCUGUCUCAAUCUCAGCCCCCCGCCCCUCUCCCUCUCUCUCCUCCUCCUGCCUCCCACAGUGUGACAGUUCUCCAGUGAGAAGGUGAGGGGUUGACACUGGACAUCUUCCUCAGUUCACCUGUAGCUGGCCCUAGCUCUCACUCUCACUGCAUUCUAAAGAUGUACACACUCACACACACACACUCACUCACUCACACACACAUACACUCACACACACACACACUCACACUCAGCCAGAGAGGUACAGUGACUGAAGUGGACUCUUUUAGUCAGGUGACAGCGAUGCGAUGGGAGUAGACUCACACAGACAGGUGACUAACUCUUAGACCUAGUAAUGUACUCCUGAUACAGCCUCAUGAAUGAGCAGUAAGGGGACUUUCUCCAGGUUUUUCUGAUUAGCAAUUGUGUUAGUACAAGUGUUUAGUAUGUUAGUGCUGGAACAAAAGCCUGCUGGGUUGGUGACCACUGCUUUGAUUUUGUGCAAAGAUAACAUACUUGUCAUAAACAUAACAUAAUCCUUUUUGAUUGACAGGUUUGGGCGGUGAAUUCUGUUGGUCGUUCAGGAAGCCAGUGGGCCAAUGGGAGAACAGGUCCCGCUCCUCCUGAGGGUGUUGGCCCACCAACCUUCCUGCGUAUCUUAGCAACCUCGGCUGUUGUUGACAUUCGCCCCCCCACCAGGCCCAACGGCAUCGUCAGCCUCUACAGGGUGUUCUCACAGGGCCCCAACGCUACACACACACUGGUAACACACACACACAAUCUG